AUGAACUAUGCUAUUUGCACGAAGAUCGAUAUAUCUCCAGACGCUAAAACUUAUCGCCAUUCAUUUGAUACUUCAUCUACUUCAAAACCUGAAUGCGAUGCUUCACUGGAUAAAAAUGUGUUAAUUUUAUUACCGAAUGUUCCAUUAAUUGACUUACCACGUUUUCGCGACUCAAUUAUCUGGUCAUGGAAUAAACAGUAUAAUCUACCCAGCUACUUUACUUCGAAAUCAUAUAUGAUCGAUGCACUCAACAUUUCAUCUCGUACUCCCAAAUCAAUCUAUCACCAUCGAUCUUGUGCAAUCUAUCGUGAUUCCUCCGAUCACGAAGUUAAUGUCAAACGUAUGAAUCGACUCAUUUUUAACAAGCAUUUUCAAGUCUUUGACAACCAUCGUCGCUGUAAAAAGCAAUACAUUCACAAAAUUGAUCAGCGAAGACAGCAACAUUCGAUACCCAUAAUUCAUCAGCAUUCUUCGGCUCCGCCAAAGCAUGUGCCUACUAUCAAUCACAUUCACACAUCCGUCGCUUCACCUGUCACAAGACUAUUACCAACACUUCCAGCGAAGAGCCAUUUUCCUUCGCCUAUCGACAUUGCAAGUCACACUCGUUUUGGCAAAAGUAUAUUGGCGUUGUAUUUUCAAAAACAUCGGUUCAUCUCUCCGAAUGUAAACAACAAAAAAGAUCAAUUUCUUUGGCUUCUAGCUGCUUCUAUUGAUCAAACAGGAAAAAAAUGCAUGUAG